AACCUCGUUGUUGAAGCACCGUCUGAAAAAGAAUAGAAAAGUAGAUUAGAUAUAUUUCAAAUAAAGUGAAUAAUGCCUAAAUAUAGGUAUUAAUAUAUAAAAAAUUAAAUUUGGAUAUUUUGAUUAUUAUAUGUUUUACUAUGAUAUUUACAAUUAAAUUAACUUAUUAAUAGUCUUGAAUUCUAAUUCAUCAGCAAUGCCUUAAUAUAAUAUAGUUUAAGCACAAACUGAUUUUUUCUAAAAAAAAUAGUUGAUAUAGUCAGAACACCAUUCAGACAAAUGAAGAAAAUCUUUUCAUAUGCCUAUCAUUUAGAUAAAAGUAAUAACACAUUAAUGUUAUCAAAGAUAAUUUCAUUCAUGAUAAUGAUUAUAGCAAAAUUAAUUAAUAAUUACUUGGUCGAAGUGGUGAUAUUCUGGCUGAUGGUAACUCAUCCAUUUUUUAUAAUUUUGAAUCAAUGUUAGCUAAAAGAUGUAUCUAUAUUUUGUAUUUAAUUCAGAGUGAUUCAGUUGUUUAAUUCUUAAUUAGUAUAGAAGUUUCAUAUAAACAAAUAAGGAAUUUAAUAAUAUAUUAAAAAAAAAUUAAAGAUUUCCUAUAUAAUUUCAAAGUACCUAAGGAAUUCAGUUGGAAACUUGAAACAUGCAAUGACUGACUUAAGUAAAGAAUCUAAUAGCAGUUUAUUAAUAUACAAAAAUUUUAUUCAUUAAUGAAAAUGAUAAUAUUACAAAAAUAAUUUAAAUAUUAAUAAUACCCUAACUAUUUAGGAAGAAUUAUUUUAAACACUACACCAAGAUAAUUUAAAGAUAUAUUAAUAUUAAUAUUCAUAUGAAUGAUUCAAAUAUUACUUGUUAUUUAACUCCCAGUAAACCUAGAGUAAAAAAAUUUAAAAAUAAACAUCAAACAUUUUUUCAAACGUUAAAUUAAUUUAAUACAAAAUUUUAUUUUCAAAUCAAGAUUUAAUUUUUUUAAGCUGUAAAGGAAUUAACUAACUGAAAACAGGAAGUCAUUUUGGCUCCAAUGGCUGGCGAUCCUAGUGGUUGAAAAGAGAACUUUGUGUUGGUUGUCCUUCAGCUGACGGUUGGUUAUAGUGAGGUUUACUUUUCAAACUGUUUUAAUGAUAAAUUUAUAGUUCCUAACUUCCCAAGAAUCAGUAAUGUUAGCUACUAAUUAUAUAUGAUCAUAAUUUAAAAUAAGAUUCAUGUCUUAUCGUGGUUAGGGAAAGAAUCAUUUAUUUGAAUUGAUGUGAAACAUUAUUAAAUUUGAUUCAUAGUCAUACUUUGAAGUAAUGAUUUAGUUUGAUAGCAAUGUAAUGGGUGAUAAAGAGGAAAAAGAUGAAAAAUUAAAUCCACUAUCAAGUGGUUUUGACCCUCUUAGUGCUCUAUAUGCUCAAGAUAUUCCGAUUCCAAACCAGGAUGCUCCAGUGUAUGAUAAUAUUGCAAAAUUUGAACAUACUUCUGCUGGUGUUUCUAUAAAACAAAUUAAAAAAAAGGAGAAACCCGUAGUUGAAGUCGCUGAGUCAUUUGAACAAGAUUUACCUUCACCAUCUCUUCCAACAACAAAGCCAGAUGAUGGUAAGAAGAAUAUUCGUAAAUUUAUGCUCAACGUAGAAGGACCUUUGGCCAAACUCAGGGAGAUGGUCGAGAAUAGAACAAGGAUUAAAGUUACGACCCGUUCGGGUUGGGGUAUACGAGGCUACGUUAUCGCAUACCUCUCUGCUUUCGACAAAAUGUGGAACCUGGCACUCGAAGACGUCACUGAAGUCUGGAUACGAAAGAUAAAGAAGAAGACGCCAGCUCUUGCUGAGACAAGAGGAAGUCCCAGAUACCGAGUCACGGUUCCUACCGUAACCGUUACAAAGGUGAGCCCAAAGCAGGAACAGUGCGAACGUUACGUUCCUAAAUUGAUGAUGAGAGGAGAGCACGUCGCAAUCAUACAGUGCCUCUGACUGCUAACUAUUUUAAGGCAGGUUUUAACAAAUUUUUAAAAUAUAAAAUAUUUUUUUACCGUUCAA